AUGACGACGGUUAGUCCAGUAGAUUGUACACCUUCAUCCAUAAUGAGCAGGCCUGCAUUAUCAACGGGAGAACCAUCAUCCCUAACGAAACUGCCAUCAAAUAUCCCUCCAGAAAUAGUAUACCAAAUACUAACGUAUCAAUUUAAUGAUUUUAUGAAUAAUGACCAUCCAGGAACGUCAGAAAAAUUCCAUGAAAAUAUAAGAAACUUCCUACGGAGUAAUUUAACUGUGAAUAAAACAUUCUAUCAUAUUUGUAAAAUUUUAAUCUACAAAUAUUGCAAUUUUACCACUGCUAAAAGAUUCCAUCAUCUUUUGAAAACUAUCGAGGUACAUAAAGAAAUUAGAAAUAUUAUUCAAGUUGCAGAUUUUGAAGAAUUAACAUCCAUCGGAUUAGGUAGAUCAAGUGAAAUGAAUAAAACUAUUAAAAAUUUAACUAAUGAAACACUUUUGAAAUUCUUAUUAUUAACAAAAUCAAAUUUAAGAGAGUUUUUAGCAUGUGAACAAAUUCAAGAUGAUUUAGAUGAUAAAAUCAUACAUUUCUUACUGAAACCGGGGAAAAAUCUAAGUGUCUUAGAUUUCUGUGGUUGUUCUGGACCAUCUUUUACAACCAGUUUUAUUGAAGCAUUAGAGAGGUUAUAUCCCAAGAGAAGACAAGCUCUUACUUCUGAAGAUGAAGAACAAAUCGAAAUAGAAAUGAGAAAUCAUCAACCACUCGAGUAUAAUUAUCAAAUCACAUGUCUUGGAUUGAAUGAUUGUACUGAUUUGCCAUCGUUUGUCUUGGGAAGAGUCCUCAAAAUGUUGCCUGAAUUACAAAAGUUAGAUCUUUCUCAUACCUCCAUUGAUGGAGAUACUUUACUUAAUGGGAUUCCACAUUAUAAGAACCUUACUCAUCUCUCAUUAGCCUCCUGUUUACAAUUAACACCAAGAUCUAUCCUGGAAUUCUUCAGUUCACAUCCAUGCAUUACAGAUGAAAAUAAUUCAGCAACUUUAGAAUGGCUCAAUUUGCAUGGCGUUUCAAAUCAUUCUUCUACUUGGAAUGAUGUUCAUACAAUGUUCUUAUUGAAAAAAUUAUGUCAACAUGGUCAUAAUAAGACGUUACAAUAUUUAAAUAUUGGCGGAUUACCGUUACAUCAAACGAAUUUCGUUACCACAUACAAGAAAGUUAACAAUAAUUACUACUAUCAUUGUACUGAUACUUUACAAUUUAUUAAAUUAAAUUUCCCUAAUUUGAAAAGUUUGAGUAUAAAGGGGAACAACAUUCCAAUUUCGAAAUUGGUUGAGUUCUUAUCUCCUAUCCAGUAUGAAGACCCCGACAAUUUUAAUUUUGAAUCAAUGAACUCCAAUAAUAAUUACUUGAACUUCCCUAAAAAGAAACUAAAGGAACAACAUUUGAAAUUCCUUAAUAUUUCAAAUAAUAAUCAAAUUAAUAAAUGGACCAUUCAAGACCCAGCAAUAUUCACAUGCUCGUCAUCGAUAGUUGCAUUUGAAAUUUCAUUCGAAGCAUGGCAACAGAUUGAAAAAGCAAAUCCAAACCAUGAAUUAAUUACAAUGAAAUAUAAUAAUGAUCCAAAUAAGAAAAAUACAAUCAUUCAAGAUGCUUCCAAUGCUGAGUUAUUAAAAUGGCAAUGUUAUAUCGAUUCAUCAUAUGGUAGAAGAUAUUGGAUUUAUAAAACCGAUCCAUAUUUAAAUUGUCCUGAUUUGCAUAUCAGAUCAGGUAUAACAAAUUAUGAUUCUGAAGGUCAUAAAAUAAUUGAGAUUAUAAAACAACCUGAUUUCUUGAAAUUUGCACAAAGCAAAAUAAUGUUAGGUUGUGGAAUUGUAUCACAAAGUAAUAUUAGGAGGGAAUUAAGCUAUAGAGAUUUCAAACCACCAAUUUCUCAAUUUUUCACCAGGAACGGUGGGAUUAGUUUUGGCGAGACCCCGAGACCAAUUAUAACACCUAGAUUACCCCCAGGAGGUUGGAGAAUUAUAAAUGAUGAACAUAAUGAUGAGUUUAAUAACCGUAGAAUAGAUGAUCGUCAUCCCACUAGACCACCUGCAUCAUCAUUCAAUAGUAGCUCUACUUUACAUACAAUCAACGAACGUCCGCCCUUGCCAACUGAAGAUUAUAUUAUAAAUGAUGAGAUUGCAAAUGAAAAUGAUAGCGCAAUGGAAGAUGACGGAGAUGAUGAUGCUGAACUAAGGAAUGCAUUGUACUGGGAUCGUUCAUUGCAAGAUUUACAAGCAUUAUCAUUGCGAACUGCACAAUAUCAAGAAAACGAUGAAGAAUAUCUGAAUAAUCCUGAAUUACAAAGAAGAAGAUCACAAUUAAGUUUAUUGAGGCAACACUCAAGCUCGAAGAUUUGGUCCACCACGAACAACAACAACAUCAAUAACAAUAAUAAUACCCAAAUUGUUAAUAACUUUUUGAAUCAUCGUCCACCAAUUUCUGCAUCAUCUUCAACAAUGAGCCUCUUACCGUUAGAGGCGAAACAGAAAAUUAAGUUAAAGAACGAGUAUUAUUACGCGCAUCCUGAUGAUUUUGUUUACGAUAAGAAUGAUCCGAUGACCUCGGAGAGGUAUAGAAUGCAUUUUAAGUUGGUCAACGAGUACAAAGUUUUUGGAACCAUUGAAAGAGGGAUGUAUAGAUAUUAUAGUUUAAAAACGUAG